ACGAAACAAAGAAAGAAAAAAACUCCCAACACAAACUUCCGAAAAAAACGGAACACACACAAAUGUCUCCAUCUCCCAUAGUCUCCGGCGAUCCGAACCUAACAACUUGUCUUUACCAAACAGACCACGGCGUGUUCCAUCUAACAUGGUCACGCACCUUCUUAGGAGGCCACUCUUUAAACCUCUUCCUCCACUCUCAAGACUACUACAACAACCACUCUUCCCCUCUCUCCUUCUCCUCCCUCUCCUCCUUAGCCUCCUUCCGCCUCACCUUAAACACAUUGACCUUCUGGAGAAAACGCGGAUCCAAACUCAUCUCCUCGAAUAUCCAAGUCCUCUGGGACUUGACCCGCGCCAAAUUCGAAUCCGGAUCCGAGCCAAGAUCCGGAUUCUACGUGGCUGUGAUCGUCGACGGAGAGGUGGGACUCUUGGUCGGAGACUCCGGCGACGCUCGGGUGAAGUCGCCGGCGAAACCGCAAGCUCUGGUGAUGAGGAAAGAGCACGUGUUCGGAGGUAGCGUGUUCACCACGAAAGCUAGGUUUGGCGGUAAGAACAGAGAGAUCAAGAUCGAUUGUUGUGUGGACGAGGACGCGAGGUUAUGUUUCAGCGUGGAUUCGAAGAUGGUUUUGGAGGUCAAGCGGCUGAGGUGGAAGUUCAGGGGGAACGAGAGGGUGGAGAUCGACGGAGUGGCGGUUCAGAUCUCGUGGGAUGUUUAUAGUUGGCUGUUUCAGGGGAAGGGUUUAGGACACGCUGUGUUUAUGUUCCGGUUCGAGAGCGAUCCAGAGGAGAGAGGGGGGAACGGAAACGACGUCGUUUUGUGGAAGCCGAGAAAGUGUGGGAGUGGGUUUAAAGGGAUGGUGGAGUGGAGGAAGAUGAGGAGGAGAUUUGUUAAGAGUAAGAGGAGCUCUUCGUCUUCUUCAAUGUCGAUGUCUUCAGCUUCGUCGGCUUGUAGCUCGUCGGUUUUGGAGUGGGCUAGUAGUGCUGAUGAGUCCGAGUACGGUGGAGGAGGAUCUUCCGGUUUAGGUUCUGGUAAUGGUCUUGGAUUCUCCUUGCUGGUUUACGCGUGGAUUAAGUGAGUUUUGGGGGAAAAGAUUAAACUGUUGCGGUCAAACAAUUAUUUUUUAAAAAUUACUGUUUUAUUGACGUUUUAUUACCACCUCCUAAAUCACGAACAAGAAGAGAAAAUAUUGAGUAAAUUUUAUAUAUAUUCAAUUUUCGUA